GUUGUUGAAGAGCCAGAAGAUGAGUCCUUUCCAGUCAAAUUGUAUGUCUACGACCUAUCCCAGGGCAUGGCAAGAACAAUGGCCCCAUCCUUCGUUGGAAUAGACAUCGAAGCAAUCUACCACACCUCCAUUGUCAUUUAUGGGUUGGAGUACUUCUUUAGUCGUGGUAUAACCUACUGUGUGCCUGGCUAUUCACACUAUGGAACCCCAAUUGAGGUGAUAGAAUUUGACAAGACUUUCAUUUCACAGGACAUUUUCAGUGAGUAUUUGGGCGAGAUCUCCUCCAUUUAUUCUGCCAGUACCUACAACUUAUUCCACAACAACUGCAACCAUUUCACAAACGAUUUGGUUCAAUUUUUAACUGGAAAGGAAUUGCCAAAGAAGAUUUUGGACUUGCCUAAGAGAGUUCUAAGCACUCCCAUGGGCCAAUUUUUCGCUAAUUUAUUA